AGAACGACAAAGAAGAAUUACACUCAGCUGUUGAUUCACCAAGCGACACUCCUGUCGAGUACGCUCAAAGAAAACUCUGUGCAAUUAUCGUUAAUGACCGUAAAGGUGGGAUGCAUACUGAGCUAAAUAUCAGAUCAAGAGAAAUUUUUGACUUCUUUGACAAAGUCUUGCGUUUCAAAACUGUUGUCAAAUUGGAAAAUCAAACAAGAGAGAAGGUGCGAGACUGGUUUAAAGCAUUGGAUAGAAUGCCAUCGAUGAAAAGUGCCGACGUACGAAUAAUAGAAAACUCCUCCAGGGAAGUUGUUCUUGAGUGGACACCGCCGCGCUACCAGGAGAGUGAUAUCCAGUUUCACAUAGAAUGUUUCAAAGGCUCAAAUAAAGUAAUGGAAGUAUACCAACCAAACACUCGUAUAGAAUUUGAAAAUCUAGAACCAAACACGCAUUAUAGAUUCCAUGUAACGCCGAUUCUUAGAAAGGAAGGGAAGCCAUACGGAAGUUCAGUAUAUGCAAAAAUUAAAACCAAGGCGAGAAUAAAAGAUACGGAUAGUUUAGAAGUUCGAAAUUUGUGUGCACAGAGACUCUCAGAAAAAGAGAUACUGAUGUUCUGGCAUCCCCCUGGAAUCAAGAAAACUAGUCAUUUGUCUUACGUAAUUUCCUGGGUAGAUCAGACUAAUCUUACCAAACGUUCAGAAAUGGAAACAAAGAAAAAUUCGUGUAUUCUAAAUGGUCUACAGUCCAAUUCCGAGCAGCUCAUUAAAGUGGCUGUUAAAGCAUAUGACAAGACCUUUUUCCCUCUUAGUUGCCAUGUUCCACAAUUUGAAGAUGUUUUGAGACCUACUCAAGUGACGGCAAUAGCAGAAUCACAUUCGGUGUUUUGGGUGGAUUGGCAAUUUCCAAUAGAUAAACAAGAACUUAUUGAAAAGUUCAUCGUUCAUUGUUCAGAAUGCUUGUCUUUCAGAAAUAACCGUACAAGGUCUUUUGAUGUUAUAAAAGACCUACGGAGUUUACCGGUCAACUAUAUACCGGAACUUUUUUAUCAUUACGUAAAAGUGUCACCAAUAGCCAAGGAGGUUUCCUCCAGUGAAAAAGUCCAUGAGUCGUUAAUUGCUCGAAUUGAAACCGAUAAAGCACUGAGGCUAUUUGUCUCUUCAAAAACCAGCAACUCGUGUGAGCUUAUAUGGUGGGUAGAUAUACAGGACAGAGAAAUGGUUUCCACCUACACGGCACAUUGUUCACCCUCAGAUCCGAAGAAGAAAAAGUUUAAGCCAGUCCCCCUCAAGCUUGGGCCUGAAUGUCGCCAAACUCAUGAAAUAGUUAACCUGGAGAGUGACACGACUUACUUUGUAUCGAUCUACCACCAGAGGAAGAUGUACACACAACAGAUUAAAGUGAAGACUCUUCCCAAAGGCAAUCCAGAAAAUCUUGAAAUCACAUUUGUGUCCUCAUUCGAGGUGAUCUUAACUUGGUCGCAAAACUUUAAAUCCGGAGAAACGGAGAACACAUACGUUGUAGAAUAUAAAUGUGACCCCACUAUAAUGAAGAAGACUAUACGGUUGACGACGUCCGAAUGUUCUAUACAUCUUACGGACCUUCUUCCGGAUGUUGAGUACGAGGUCUCCGUCAAAAACAAAGAAAAAGGAGACCCGUCUGUCAAAACGUUCAGGACACCAAAAUUUGGGCCGAAUAAUUUACAGCACCAGGUGACGUCAUCAGAGAUAAUAGUGACCUGGGAAAGUGCUGUUCUACCCGAAAAUUCUACAGAGUUGCUACAGUACCUUAUUUUCCUAGAAAGGGAAGAUGGAAACAGAGAAAAGGGGAUGAUCAUAAAAGACACCGCCAUACAAUUUCAUUGCACAUUUAGUAAUCUAUGGUCAUCGACGUCGUAUGCUAUCAAGUGUUUUACACUUAUUGAUGGAAAACGGAAAUACGCUCCAAUAGUGAUCAAAACAAAAACCAAAGGCGAUAAUCUGCGAACUCUAUUGGAACCAAGGGGUGACAAUUUCAUUAUUUCCUUUGCUACCCGAGAAUUGAGAACUGAUGCAUUACUGCAAACUGGUGUAUAUUGUGCAGAUUUGUUCUUAACAUUUCAAGAGGAAUUUUACAGUAAGUCUGUGGAUGAGAUGCUAGACCUCAUUGAUCUGAGUAAUGAGGACCUUAAAGCAUACACAGUGACCAACAUCAAAUACCCUAUAGACAAGGUGAUGCUGGACACACCAAAGCCAGAUAUCGAAGAAGACGUUGAAUGAACUGAAUUAUUUUCAACACCUUUGUGGGUGGAAAGCAGUUCUUUUAUGCUGGCUAAUUGUGAUAAUUAAACAUAUGUCCUAUGUCACAACAUCGACAGAGACUGUUACCUGAAAGAGAAUACAUAUAUUGAUAUGAAAACAAGUUAGCUUAUUA